AUGACUGUUGGAGACGACAACACCACCAUCAUCGCUCCGGUCGUUAGCCCCAACAAUACAUCUGAUCACGCGACAGCGCCGCCCUGGUCACUCUUUGCGCUGCACUCCCACGACAUUCGCACCGCACGCUCUUUCCCGCACCAGCCUCCUCCCAGCAACAUCACCACCGACGACCACAACCCGACGACGUGCUGUCCGCCCAUCUGGCCGUCGUCCUUUCCCUCACUUCGACGCAUCCUGGCCGGCCCCAUCUCCUGCUCGCCGCUGCCUCCCAUCGCCUUUACCAUGUCGCUCCGCCGCAAAGCCGCCGGCGCGACUCCCAUGUCCAGCACCGACACGCCACCGCGCACUGCCGAGCCCUCCAACGACGUCGAGGAGGAGUACACAGCGCCGCGCACCCGCUCCGGCGCGCGCCGCCGCAACGUGCCGCCGAUUUCCUCUUCCAACCAUCAGCCCGCGCACGACUCGUCGUCUGACGCUGAUAGCGUGCCCGAUAAGCGCAAGUCGCGCACGCGCAGCCGCUCGCCCGUCGACGCCGGCAAGCUAUCCCGCAUGACGCCGCGCAUCACCGAGACUCCCACGACGUCAACAACAGCCUCGUCGCCUAACGGCAAGUCCACGACGAUGACGACGACAGACGGCCCCGCGCAAAUCAACGGAGGCUUCCUGGCGCCGCCGCCAGCGGCCGCCGGCUGGAGCUGGCGCGACCUAAGCCGCAGUCGCAGCCCGCUGGGGCUGAUCCCGAUCCACCGGCACUUCAAGACGUUUGUGCACAAGCACGAGGUGCCGCGCAAGGCGCUGCACGUGUCGAUUGGCUUCUUCGUGGUGUGGCUGUACACGACGGGCACGCAGACGAGCGCGGUGGCACCGUACCUCAUGACGGCGCUGGUGCCCGUGGCGGCGACGGACCUCUUGCGUCACCGCUUCGCGCCCGUCAAUCGGCUGUACGUACGUGCCCUCGGGGCUCUGAUGCGCGAGAGCGAGUACGACGGCUACAACGGCGUCAUCUGGUACCUGCUCGGCGCAUGGUCCGUGCUCUACGCCCUGCCCAAGGACGUUGGCGUCAUGAGCGUACUGCUCCUCAGCUGGUGCGACACGGCCGCCAGCACGUUUGGCCGCCUCUGGGGCCGCUACACCAUCCGCCUGCGCCGCGGCAAGUCGCUCGCCGGGUCGCUCGCCGCCUUUGCCGUGGGCGUCGCCACGUCGGUCUUUUUCUACGGCUGGCUCGUGCCCACGGUCGGGCCCAUGCCCGGCGACGAGGGCUUCAUGUUCAAGAAUGUGCUGGCCCUGCCUGCGGCGCUCGUGGGUGAGGAAAACCGCGGCGACUGGUCCAUUUCGGGCUCGCUGGCGCUCGGCGUCAUGUCGCUCGUGUCGGGCGUCGUCGCCUCGGCGAGCGAGGUGGUGGACAUUUUCGGCUGGGACGACAACCUGACGAUUCCUGUCCUCAGCGGUCUAGGCAUUUAUGGGUUCCUCAAGGUGUUUGGCUAG